UAAAAUACAAACGUGGACAAUAACAGCGGCAGCGGCAGAGGUAGAGGCAGUGGCAGAGACAGAGGCAUCAGCAAAGGGGAGCGCAACAGUUAACUGAAACAAGGGAGCAGCACACAGCCACAACAACAACAACAAAAAAAAAACAACAACAGCAACAACAAUGCAUCGGCCCGCGGCUUGAAGAUUUUGCCAGCUCCCGUUUCUCCCUCCCGCAGCAGAGCCGAAGAAGAAGCUGAAAAGUAAAACCAAAAGCACCUGAUUUUAAUAAUUGGCGAAUAGUUGGAUUGGAAAAGGCAGCAGCUGCACGUUCGACGGCAGAUCGCGUGUGUAUAUAUAUAUAUAUUUAUAGAUAUAUAGCGCUUCGAUCCAAAGCUGAUUGAACCAUGGACUGGGCCGAGGGGGAUCUGGUGUGGUUCGAUCCGGGCGUCGGACAUCCCAUACCCGGCGAGAUUCAGGAAGUGCAUCGCGCCGCCCAGGUGAUCGUCGUUCAGGCCAUGAUCAAGGGCAAGGCACAAACGUUCGCGCUGCAGCCAGGCGAGGGCAGCCUGCGAGCUCGGCAGGACUUGGGCAGCAGCGGAGUGGAGGAUAUGACGCUGCUGGACGACCUGCACGAGGCCUCGCUGCUCUGGAAUCUGCGACUGCGCUACGACAAGGGGCUGAUCUAUACCUUUGCCGGCAGCAUACUCAUAGCCGUCAAUCCGUACAAGAUGUUUCCCGAUGCCUAUGGCCUGGAGGUGGCCAAGCAAUAUGCUGGGCGUCCACUUGGCGCGUUACCUCCACAUCUAUUUGCAAUUGGCGCUGCAGCGCAUGCGGCUCUGCCCUCACCCCAAGUGGUGGUCAUCUCUGGCGAGUCCGGCUCUGGCAAGACGGAGUCCACGAAGCUGGUCAUGCAGUAUCUGGCCGCGGUGGUGCCCGGUGGUGGCAGCGCCUCAGCUGUGAUCACGGAGCAAAUUCUGGAAGCGGCACCGCUGCUGGAGGCCUUCGGCAAUGCGCGCACCGCCCGCAACGACAAUAGCUCAAGAUUUGGCAAAUAUCUCGAGGUCUACUUCAAGAGCGGCGCAAUUGUGGGCGCGAAGAUAACGCAAUAUUUGCUGGAGAAGUCGCGCAUCGUGACCCAAGCGCCCGGUGAACGCAACUAUCAUGUCUUCUACGAAAUGCUGGGCGGACUCAGUGAAACGGAGCGUGCCAAGUACGGCCUGCUCGAGGCGGACAAGUACUUCUAUUUGAAUCAAGGCGCUACGGAUUGCGCCAGCGGUCGUGUCGACUGGGCCUCGCUGCUCAGUGCAAUGCAAGUGCUGGGCGUUACCGAGGGCGAGCGCGAAGGCAUUGUACGGGUACUUGCGGCCGUGCUCCAUUUGGGCAAUGUCUACUUCCAUCGCCGACAGCUGCGACAUGGCCAAGAGGGCGUUGAGAUCGGCUCCGAUGCCGAAAUCAAAUGGGCUGCCCACUUGCUGCACAUCAGCGCUGAGGGCAUGCAUCGUGCCCUGACGAGUCGCACAACCGAAGCGCGUGCCGAGCGUCUGCACACACCGCUUGGCAUCGAUCAGGCCCUGGACGCCAGAGAUGCCUUUGCCAAGGCCCUCUAUGCUGGCCUCUUCAAUUGGCUAGUGUCGCGCAUCAAUUCGAUCGUGCAGAAGGGCGGCACGCAUGAUGCCCAUCGCAUCAGCAUACUCGAUAUCUUUGGCUUCGAGGAUCUGGCUGAGAACAGCUUCGAGCAGCUGUGCAUCAACUACGCCAACGAGAACCUCCAGCUGUACUUCAACAAGCAUGUCUUCAAGCUCGAGCAGGCAGAAUAUGCCAGGGAGCGUCUCGAGUGGACGCCACUGGCCUGGGACGACAAUCUGCCGGUUAUACAUUUGUUGGCCAAGAAGCCGGUGGGCAUUUGCCAUUUGCUCGAUGACGAGUCGAACUUCCCGCGUGCCACCGACCUGAGUUUCCUUGAGAAAUGCCAUUACAAUCAUGCGCUUAGCGAGCUCUACGCGCGCCCGCGGAUUGGCGCUCAGGAGUUUGGAGUCACCCAUUACGCCGGGCAGGUGUGGUACUGUGUGGAUGGCUUCUUGGAUAAGAAUCGCGAUGCGUUGCGCAGCGAUGUGCUGGAGCUGUUGGCUACGAGUCGACUGCCCUUGGUCAGCGAGCUAACCAAGCAGCUGCGUGCCCAACGCGACGCUGGCAAGACCCUGCCCAAGGGUAGCAACGGACGCUUCGUCACCAUGAAGCCGCGCACGCCAACUGUAGCUGCCCGAUUCGCGGACUCGCUGCAACAGCUGCUGCAGUCGAUGGGCCGGUGUCACCCGUGGUUUGUGCGCUGCAUCAAGCCGAACCAGGAGAAGCAGCCGCUGCGCAUGGACAUGCCAUGUGUGCUCCAGCAGCUGCGCUACCUCGGCAUGCUCGAUACAAUACAGAUCAGACAACGCGGCUAUCCCGUGCGCUUGCGCUUCCAGCACUUCGUGGAGCGCUACAGACAUCUGCUUGGCACUCCACUAGCGCGCGGCACGCCCUACCGAGAGCUCUGUCGCCUGCUGCUGGAGGCGAUGCCACGUACUGGCGUGGAGGGGCCUGACUACCAGCUGGGCGCCACACGCGUCUUUCUGCGCGAAGCACUGCACCGCGCCUUGGAAAGCGGACGCACGGAACGUCUGCGGCAGGCAGCGGUCCACAUUCAGCGACAUGUGCGUGGCAUGCUGGUGCGUCGCCAGUUGGCGCGGCGGCAAUUGGCCGCAACGCGACUGCAGGCGCGCUGGCGCGGGCAGCGGCAGCAGCAGCGCUACCAGCAGCUGCGACAUGGCGCACGCACCGCCCAGCGCUUGUGGCGCGGCAAGCAGGCGCGGCGUCAUGUACAGCAGCUGCGCUCCGAUCACCGCCGCCGCCAGGAGGCGCGCGAGGCAGCCCAGCGUGCGCGCGAGGCACGUGAAGCCAAGCAGGCGAAUCUGGAGCGCAGCCAACUGAGCUACCUGGAUAUACCCGCCGAGCUGGCCUUCAUCUAUUCGAAGCUGCAAGGCUGGACGCCGCCGCACAGCGAUCGCCACUUGGUAAAAGUGCUCGGCACUGUGCCAGGUCCGCCGUCAGCGAAUGCCCAAUUGCCAUCAGACUUGGCUCAGUUUAGCUUUGGCAAAUUCAGCAGCGUCUACUGCAAUGGCUUGCGGCUGCAGCCGCGAAGAGAACCCAUUACGGCGCCGCUAUUGACGCGCGCUGCUUCCCGGGAUCAGGACUUUCAGGAUGCCUUGGCUGUCUUCAAGCUCAUCUUGCGCUGGAGCAGCGACAAGGCGUUAGAGGGCGAAGGUGCCAAGGAGAAGUUACUCUCGGACUACAUUGUGCACAAGGCGCUGAGCUCGCGCGGCUUACGUGAUGAGAUACUCGUGCAGCUGUGCAAUCAGCUGCAUGGCGCUGAGUCGGCUGUGUCGGCGCGCCUCUGGCAGCUGCUCGGGCAGUGCUUGUGCUGCUUCCAGCCAAGUCCGGCUUUCAGCAAGUACUUGCUCAAGUUUGUCACGGAUGAAGCUCCAGCCAGCGAUCGUCAGAUGCUGCAGAGACAACUGCUGCGCCAGCAAAGCAGCUCAUCGGGCGCCGCUGCUUGCCGCAGCUUCGUUCCCGCCUGGCUGGAGUGGCGCGCCUUGUCGCGUGGCUGCGAUAUGGCUUUGCCUUUGACGCUGCCCGACGAGGCUAGCCAAACGGUCGCUGUUGACUCCUGGACUAGCUGCGAGGAGGCCGCUGCCUUGGCUGUCUCUACCUUGGGAGUGGCUAGUCGUGGCUGGACUUUGGUACUCGAUGAUGGCCAGCAGCUGACGGAUAGCUGUGGCCUGGACUACGUCAUGGAUCUGAUUGCCGAGAAGGAGUUGUGUCCAGCUUUUCCAGCUCCACGCAGCGAUCUGCUGCGUUCCGGCGCGAAAUUUGCACGCACCUCGCUGCCGGAGGCUGUGAAGAGGCCCGGCGUGCCGCCACCUGCACCACCCACUACAGCAGCCAAGCGGGAGCAGCAAAGAGAGCAGGAGGAGCCCGCUCAGCCGCAACGUCGCAGCAGCCGCGAAUUGCUCUCGCGCAGCUCUGCUUUGAACGAACGCUACUUCGAGCGCACAGAGGAGCCAAUUACGCCGCAUCUGCUGCCUGGCGCUCAGUCCAAGUCGCGUUCGAAGUCGCUGGAUGACCUGCUAGCCUCCGACAUGGGCAGCCAACAGCUGCCGCUGCCCGACAGCGAUUCGCAGGAGUCGCCGCUACACACCUUGGCGCUGGGUCUCUCGGAGAGCCGCCUGAAUGAUCGCUAUCAUUCGGCUGAGCGUCUGGCUCCCAUGGGCAAAGAGUCAGCGCCGCGUUAUCAAAAGUCUCAGCAUGCCGGACGCCGGUCACAUGCUGCUUCACAUGGCUCGGCGCACUCCAGCAAAUAUAACAUGGACAAGUCGGAGUAUGCGACGCGCUCCUCGGCCAUGUCGGACACCAGUGAGGCGCCCUCUUUGGCCUCCCAUGUGCGACGCGUGCGCGUGCCUUCGCAGGCCUCCGAUGUGGAUCAAUUCCUCGAUGAUUUGUUUAGUCCAGUGCUCGACGGUUCACUGGAUGAGCUCUCCGAUGCUCGCUCCCUUGCCGCCAGCAUACGUGGCAAGGAUCCGUCGGACGACAAAGAGUUCAGACAGGAUUCUUCCGACCUGGAAGAUUUUAUUGACCUGUCCCUGGAUAAUGGCUUAGACACACUUGCCUCACAGCAGCAGCUGGUGGCAUGCAUCAAAGGAGGCAGUAAGAAGCCGCAACAAAGUGAGGAUAAGUCGCACGACAAGGAGUUCAAGCAGGAUUCGUCCGAUCUUGCGGACUUCCUGGACCUCUCUCUCGAUGAGUCCUUAGAUACACUUGCUACCCAGGAGCGUUUGGGGGCUUGCAUCAAGGGCGGCGGCAGCACUGAGCAUAGCCCAGCAGGUGCUGCAGAUCCCUUGAUACAUCAGCUGAUGCAGCUGCCAGGUGGAGAGCCGGACGCCGUGCCGGCUGCCUCGCUCUACCAGCAGCAGGUGCAACGCGCCUUCCUCCAGUCAGCCAUGGCACAGAACUUGCAGAUACAGCAGCAGCUGCUCGCACAGAAUCAGGCGCUGCAAACGCUGCUCAGCCAGCAGGCAGCCAAUGCUACGACCAAUGCGAAUGCCAAUUCAAAUUCGAAUGUCAGCAAUGGCAGUGGCUCGCCGCCAGCUGCGCCCAUCUCGCCGCCGCCUUUGAGGCUGAAGACAACGACGCUUAUGACAAGCACCAGAUCGAGUAGCCUGGUAAUGGAGGCCACGUCUAGCAUGCAGCCACCGGCACCACCGCCACCGCCGCCAAUGCCGCCACCGCUCGAGUGCAAAGAUCCGUCGGAAACGCGACAUUUCCUGGACCCAUAUGGCCGAGCGAAAACGGUGCGCAUUGGCAAGUGGCGCUGGCCGCCGCCGCAGGGUGAGCCGCAGUUCCAAACCGAGGAGGACUUCUUUGCCUUCAAGCUGCGUCAGCAGCAGAGGAAAACAACGCCCCAAGCGCAACAGCACACGGCCAUCGAAUGGGAGGAGUUCGAAAUCGAGUCUAGCAAAAGUCCCACACCGCAGCUAAUGCGGAGCAGCAUACGAAUGGAGAGCAAUGGACGAGAUGUGCAGGAUGCUGUACAACAUCAGCAUCAGCAUCAGCAUCAGCAUCAGCAAAUGCAAACCACUUCGGCUAUAACCACCACGACCACAAUUACAGCCACGAAGCUGGCGAAGAAGAGCUUCGAGAUAGGCGCCGAUCGUCCGCCACCGGGCAGCGUGGGCAAGCUAAAGCUGAGCUCGGAGAUGCGACAGCGCUUGGAGCAGGUGACAGCGGGUCAUUCGGUGCGUUCCACGGUCUCGAACAAGUCGGAGCAGCGAGCGCCGGCCAAGCUGGAGGAUACACGCAAACUGAUGCUGCAGCAGCAGCUGGGCGGACUCUUUGCCAGCGCCAAUGCGAAUUCCAGCUCCGGCGAGGCCUUGCCCACAGUUCGCACUCAAAUCGAGCGCAUGGAGGGCAAGUUGUCGCCACCGCCGAUGCCAGUGCCAGCACCGCCCAAUGCUUGGCCGGGCGUGCUGUUGCCGCCGGCGCCGAAUGUGCCUGCUCCACCGCCGCCCAUAAGGCCGCCCAGCAUGGCGCCGCCUGCACCACCGCCGGCACCACAGAGUCCGCCCGUUGAGCUCAACGAACCGGAGCCCGACUACAGAAAGGAGCACGUGCCGGCCUUUAUACAGCGUCAAGAGCGGGACACAUUCGGCGCAGUCAGGCAGCCCAUGCAGCAGCAGCAGCAGCAGCAGAUGCAGCAGCAGCAGCAGUUGCAGAUGCAGCAUCAGCAGCACUACCAUCAACAGCAGCAGCAGCAGUUGACGGCGUCAUCGCAUGCAGCCUGGGAACAGGAGCUGCAGACCGAACGUGAACGUUCGCGCAGCCGCAGUCGGUCGAGGGAUCGCGAGGACUACUCUGAAUCUGUGUGGGAUCGUGCCGAAGUGGAGGGUCCAGCCUCGGGCAGCGGCAGUGAAAAGGAGCGCGAGAAACGUGAACGCGAACGCGAACGUCUCUACGAGCUGCGUCAGGUGGAGCGCGAGAAGGAGAGCCACAAGGUCUAUCAGCCAGCGCCGCCCAGAAUAAUUCAGGCCAGCAUGGAUAACACCGGAGCCAAGCUGAGGGAGAGGGAGCGCGAACGGGAGAGGGAGCGAGAGUCGCUCGCCUCCACGCCUGCUACCUUCCGGACGCACAUGGCCCAGAAAUACGAACACGAACGCAAACGCAAAAGCUCCGCCAGUUCGGCGCGUGAGGAACCACUCGACUCCAGCUUGCCGGCUGUCGUGGUGCCAGCUCCAGUGCCUCCACCGCCAGCAGCAGUGACGCCGCUGGCCAACACAGCGAAUGUCACUGUCAGUGCGUGCCUCACCUACAACCGGGUGCCAUGGAAGCUGCGCGUACGCAAGGAAGUCUUUCAGCCGCACGAGCCAAUCGGGCCGCCUGUCGCCUUGGAUCUGCUGUUCGCUCAGGUGCUGAGCGAUGUGUUUGGCGUAACGCCCUGCCUGCGCAUCACGCCCCAAGAGAAGAACGCUGCCCUGAAUAUGUUGCACGGGCAUGGCGUGAGCGUGGAUACCCUAGCUGCUCGUGGGCAGCAGGUGCGCGCCUUGGUCAAGCGGCAUCUGGUGGAUAUGGCCCGGGACUGGCCUCUAUACUUCGCUCGGCUCUUCGCUGUCCAGGGUGCUCCUCUCUAUCCGGAUGUUUCCAUCAUGGGCGUCUCGCACAGCGGCCUCUAUUUGGCUAGGCGUGACGCCGACUACUUGAUUGUCGUUCAGGCCAUAUCGUUUGCCGAAAUACAGAAUGCUGUUACCCUGCCACGCCCAGCCGCUCUGCAGCUCAAUCUGCGCAACGGGAAGCAUCUGGCGCUGCAUGCGACUCGGGCUGCGGCCAUCCAAACGAUGAUCACAUCCUUUGUGCAGGAGUUCCGUAAGUCACAAUCGAAGGCGUCGACUUUGUCGUCGGGCGCACGCGCCGCUGCGCAAACGCUCAACGUGCCGCUGGAGCGUCUGGAGGGCCGACAGGCUGGACGCAACGAACAUGCCCACUCCAAUGACCAAGAUGAGCAGCAGCAGCAGCAAGUGGAGCUGCAUCAUCAACAGCAGCAGCAGCUGCAGCUGGACGAUGCUGUCGAGGAGCACCAGCAGCAGCAACAACAGCAGCAGCAGCUGGCCGAUCAGCAGCGCUUCAUGAAACAACAAAGCUAUCUGCACUCGGCACGCAAGUCGAAUGCUGGUCAACAGCCCAACUCCCUGACCAAUGGCCACCAGCAGCAGCAGCAACACCAGCAACAACAGCAACAACAGCAGCAGCAACAGCAACAACAGCAACAUUUGCAGCAGACAUCCCAUCACGAUUUAGAUGGCAACUAUAUGCUGCAGGAGGAACUCAAUGGCAGCGGCACGCCUCCAUCAGUUACCAAGUACUCGCUGUUGCAGUUCGCCAUGCAGCACUUCCGCAACGAUCAAUUACGUGAUGCCGAUCGCCAUCAUGAACGACAUCAGUCGUCGUCUGCUGCAAAUCGCUCCUAUGCGGAGCUGGUCAAGUGGCAAGGCCAUGCCAUACGCUUGCCCUUGCUGCGUUUGCCUAACGAUUUGGCGCCGUUGGCGCUGGAGUGCUUCGAUUGCAUAUUGCGCUACUGCGGCGACAUACCGCUCGAUCCGGAGCUCACCGAGGUGAAAUGUGUCUACACCGUUUUGAUGCAUUGUCACAAGUAUUUGGCGCUGCGGGAUGAGGUCUACUGUCAGCUGAUGAAGCAGACGACAGCGAAUCGCUCGCCUUGUCCAGACAGCUCGCAGCGUGCGUGGCGUUUGCUGAGCAUCCUGGCCGCUUACUUUGGUUGCUCGGACGCACUGCGUCCGUAUCUGAUGGAACAUUUGACAUCUGCCGCCUCCGAUCGGCGUCGCUCGUGCCAUGGCACCGCCGCCGUCUGCCUAACGAAUCUGCGCAAAACGGCCCGCUGUGGCGGUCGCAAAAAUGUGCCCAGCGUUGAGGAGGUGACCGCCGUCUCAGCCGGACGCUCGGCGCGCAGACAGAUCUAUAGACUGCCCGGUGGUGCCGAGCGUGUGGUCAACACACGCUGCUCCACUGUGGUGGCCGACGUCAUUGCCGAGCUGUGCGCUCUGCUGGGCGUUGAAUCGGAGGCCGAGCAGCAGGAAUUCUCGCUGUAUUGCAUCGUGCAAGGCGAUGCCUUCACCAUGCCACUAGCCGCCGACGAAUACAUAUUGGAUGUGACCACCGAGCUGCUCAAGUCCGGUCAGCCAUUCUAUUUGAUAUUCUGUCGCAGCGUUUGGCACUUCGCACUAAAGCGCGAACCGGCGCCAAUGCCGCUCUAUGUGGAGGUGCUCUUCAACCAGGUGGCGCCCGACUAUCUCGAGGGUCUGCUGCUCGAGCUGCCCGGCAACGGGGUGCCAAUGCCAGAGAUGGUGCGCGACAUGGCGCGCAUCGCGGCUCUGCUCCAUCGCGCCGCCGAUCUGAGCCAUGUACCAGCCAUGAAGGAGAUCAAAUUUCUGUUGCCCAAGCCAGCGUUGGGCAUACGUGAAAUACGACCGGCCCAAUGGGUAGGACUAGUGCAGUCCGCUUGGCCGCAGGUCGCCAAUCUCAGCCCGGGGCAGGUGAAGGCGCAAUUUCUAAAUGUGCUCGCCACCUGGCCACUGUUCGGCAGCAGUUUCUUUGCGGUGAAACGCAUCUGGGCCGAGGAGGCGGGGCCCCAUGUCGAGGACAAUCACAGUCCCAUGUGGCGAGAUCUAAUAUUGGCCUUGAAUAGACGCGGAGUUCUAUUCUUGGAUCCAAACACACACGAAACCCUGCAGCACUGGAGCUUCAUGGAGGUCAUAUCGACGCGCAAGGUUCGUUCGGAGGAUGGCGCCCUCUUCCUUGAUAUGAAGGUUGGCAAUUUGAUGCAGCAGCGUGUUAUACGAGUGCAGACAGAGCAGGCGCACGAGAUCUCACGGCUGGUGCGUCAAUAUAUAACCAUGGCACAGAUCAGUCAGCGCGACAAGCGGGAGCUCAACUAGAAUGCAACGAAUAUUUCGAAUAUAUAUGCAGAUAUAUAUACAUAUCUAUAUAUAUGGAUAUAUCUUGAUUAUUAUUAACAUAAAGACCACAAUUUUUUUUUAUAUUUGUUAAGUCUACCUUAUGUCAAUUCCUAUACCUGUACCCAUACCUAUAUCGACACCUAUACCUGUAUCUAUAUAUAUAUAUAUACCUAUAUGGGAGCAGGAUCUAUCCUAGCCGUAUUCCAUUAUCUCUUUGCCGGCUUCGGACGCCUUGCAAAUCUGAAUAAUUAAGCAACAACGUGCAAUCGCAAUACAAGUAUUUUCCCCCCUUUUAUUGUCUCUUUUCCCUCUAUUUUUCGUACAAUUCUUUUGAAUGCUAAACUUAAGAAUCUUAAAUAUAUAUAUAAAUUGAUUUUUUUUGACAAUUUGUUAAGCGGAAUUCAUUGUUUAGUGUAAUAAAUGAAAUUCUAUA